UGUAUCUUAUGUGAAUGUGUGUCUGAAAAUUCAUGGAGAUAUAUCAACUAUUCUCAAAAGUAAGUGCAUGAAUUCGGCAUGUUGCUUUUAAUUACUUUCCAAUUAAUUAUUUAUAUAAAGCUAUUUCUUUAACGAAGCAUCAAAAGAUUAAACAUAGUUAUGUUUUUUUUACAAAAAAUGUUACCAAAUAGUUUCAAUGGUGUAAUUUAACCUUGCAAACAUUUAUCUAAAGAGACAAGUACUUAUUUGACAUGUUUUCUCAUAAACGUAUUUCAGUUUUUUUUUUUUUAUGAAAUCGUCAUUAAUAACUAACAAAUGACCAACUAUAAGUGAAUAUUAUUAAUGUGACAAAUAACCGUGUAGAUGAUAAGAACUUUAAAAAAAUAGUAUCAAUUCUUCAACAACCUAAUUUUUUUUAUUCCUGAAUUUAGCCUGUGUUUUUUAUUAAUCGUUUCUUUACACCAUGGUACACACCAUAGUUUGAAAAUCAAUGACCUAAAAAAAAUCGGUGAUCAACUCACAUUUUGAAUUCCCUCGAAAACCUAUCGACUUUCUAAAAAUUUCGGGUUUUCCCAAAAUAUAUUGGAAUUUUAAUGUUAUUUCCCAAGGCUCCGCUAACACUGUCUCCGAAUUUAAGAGACAUACCAAAAAGAAUUCAAUAUAUAUAUAUAAAAAAAAAAAGAAAUGCAAUAUCACAGUGAAGAUUUCUAUGUUAGCUCAUUCAAGAUCGAUCACUGUCAUUAAAUUGCACAAUAUAAAAAAAAAGUAGGGUUAAACCUGAAAAAGGGAAUUCAACAAAACAACGAACGUGUCGGCAGGGAGCCUACGUCAGCGUACAAAACAACAGAAAAAAAAACAGAAUAAAAAUGUAAAAAUAGCAUUUAGCUUAGAAGUAGUAUCCGUGGGCAGCAAAUGAAUUUUAAUGUAAAUUCCAAAAGCAAUUCGACAAUUUUACGUGCUUUUUUUUUUUAAAUUGUAUUUUGUUUUUUUCUGUUGUUUUGUUUGGUGACGAAAGCACCCUGCCGACACGUUCAUUAUUUUCUUGCGUUUCUAUUUUAAGGUUUAACCCUGCUUCGUUUUAAUCAUGUUAUAUUGUGCUGACAUGAUUGCAGUCUCUCCCCUUAUUACCCUUGUACUUUGCGGGCGUAUAUAAACGACUGUCAGUCUUAAAAAAAAAAAAAAAACAUGUUGUUCUUUUAAGGUUUAACCCUGCUUCGUUUUAAUCAUGUUAUAUUGUGCUGACAUGAGUGCAGUCUCUCCCCUUAUUACCCUUAUACUUUGAGGGCGUAAAAAAAAGACUGAAAGUCAUAAAAAAAAAAAAAAAACAUGUUGUUCUUUCGCACCAGAAUUCUGGUAUUAAAGCUUUGAAAGAAAAAAAAAAUUAAAAUGGCAGCUUAGUCCACUUGUCUAUUACAAACGUUCAAUAUUGUAUUUAUAGAUAAAAUUGUGUCAUUUUAAAAAUUCAUGUCAGAAAGAAUUAGCAGCCCAUAUAAAGUAAAUAAGAAUAGUUUGCGACCAUGCAACACUAUUCUACAUGGUCAACUUAUAUUAACUAUAAAUUAAAUAGCUUUAUAUUGUAUUGCGAUACCUGGGCAUCUUAGUCUCAUAGCAGGGACCUGCACAUCAUGAACAACAUAUACUAAAUUAAACUAUUGAUUAGCAAACUAAAAUUUAUAAAAAAUAUCCAAGUCAAGUUUAGAGUAGUAGGGCUCGAUAUUAGUAAAAACAGACAAGCAACAACCUAUUCAGAUAGUAAACUUUUUUUUAUUACACAAAAAAAAACAACAACAAAUAAACAAGGAACAGACCUAUUGAAAAAUAAAAUAAAAUACGAUAUAAACGUGUAAUUUAUUUUGCAAGUUUAAUCAUUUCGCUAUGUCUCAUGAGAUUUCUCUCUAAGCAACCACACACGUUCUUGUUUUCUUAGACUUUCAGAAUUGAUAUCAGUGCGCGUAACUCUAUGUACAAAAAUGUGACUAAACUAGAAUACUAAGUAAGUACAUGCGAAUUUGCUGGUAAUUUAUUUUUGAAAGGAUUUCUGCAAAAGGAAAAAAUGUGUGAGUUAACAUGAAUUUCUUUCACACUGUAAAGUGAGAUGGUUAACAAAUUGGAUAAUUUAAGUGCUAUUUGUUUAACAUGUAAUCUAAAGAAAUCAAAAGAUAAUAAUUGAUGGACUGACACUUUUAUUUGUAUCGCUGUUCUGCACAGCAACCUAACAUAAUGAUAAAAUGAAAUGGUGAAGUGCUUAGGCGGGGCUUUUGGUGUGUUGUUGUUGAAGCUGCUUAUGACAGUAGCUCAUGAAAGAAACAGAUUUGAUAAAUCUACCAAAGGUACGCCUCAAGGUCAAUGAUCUGAAGUUAUGGUGAAGAAGAAAAUAGUUGUUUUUUUAAUGUUACCAAUUAUUGCCAGACGAGUUGUCAUUUGAGAAAUGUUUGUUUUGUCAAGUUAAUUUAACAGAGUUGUUAUUCCCUUUAAAAAAAAAAAACUGAAACAAAAUAGAAUGGGUAGAUGAAUGCAAAAUUUACUCUAAAAUGAUAAAUGCUCAAGUAUAUACAUAAUGUAAAUAAAUAUAUAUAAAAAAAUAUAUAUAUAUAUAUAUAUAUAUAUAUUAUGUCCGAAAACAGGAACCAAUUCAAUAAAAGUGUGGUCAAUGAAAAGCAUGUCUAAAAGCAUCUUUUGAGGAUAAGUGAGGACACUUAGAACAAACAAUACAUUUUUAUAAAAAUAGUAUUACUUUGUUAAACAAGUUUUUUUAAUUGAAUAAAAAAUUAUAUCAUUAAAUUCCAGAUCCGUUUUCAUCAGCAACGAAUCUGACAACACAUGAUAACCCAAAAGUUCGCACUGGUUAUGGGGAUCACCAAUAAACAACGAUGAAAUCGUUUUCGUAUGCUGCUUUGAUCAUUUUGAUAAUCGGUGGAGUUUCCAAAGGUCUUUUUUUUUUUAAUUACUGUAUGUGUAAUCAUUAAUUUAGAUUAUUUAAGUUAUAAAUUAUUUAUAUUUUAUUUAUUUGAUAAUUUUUGUAGUACAAAUUGCAACCACAUAUAUACAUUUUUAAAAUCAAAGUAUUUAAAUGUAAUACAAUUGUAAUAUUUAAAGCAAAUUUAUCCUAUAAUAUUACAAUUACUGAUUUUCCUGUUGUUUUUUUUUAAAUAUUUUUUUAUGUCCCUUACAUGUCAAGCGUUAAAGGGCAUUGCAAUUUUAACGGCCUUAUAUCUUGUUUGUUUUAUUAUUUGUUUGUUGUUUUUUUUAGUUAUAAUUUUUAGUAAACGUCACACACAUGUAGACACAUUACUGAGAUUUUCACCAAGAACAAAAAAAAAAAAAAUUCUUUUAACAGACAUGCUAUCUGCCCAAGAAAUACCAAUCUUUAAUUUGACUCAAAAUGAAUGCACAACCCAGUGCAGUAGUGGCUUGUUAAAAUUGCUAGAAACGUGCCGUUUCCACCUACUGGUUGGUUUUGACAAGGACAUAACUUCAUCGUCUACCCUUCUCUUCGAGAUCAAGAAAGCUUCCAAUGAUAUAUUUCUACCUGUGAGUUGCAUAACUAAUGUGUCAGUUAACUAUGUAUUGUAAUUUGUAAAACAAAAUAGAUUGCUGAAAAAGACAAUCGUUUUUAACGAUACUUGGUCUGCAAUAUGUAUGACUGUUAUUUUUAAAAAAAAUAUUGAAGAUUUAUUUUAAAAAAAAACUAUCAAAUCAUUGAAGUUCUUUUUUUCUUUUAAAGUUUUAUUUCUUCUUCUUCUAUAUUAAAGGGGCCAACGAUAAAUGUAUUGACCAUUCUGGCUCCUAUAUAUGUAGAGGGCUUUGAAAUUAUUUUGUGCCUGGUAUUGAAGAGGAUAUUUCACUCGUUGCAAGGGCUACUCAGAGGGGUAUCUUUAACUGGCGUUUGGAAGGUCUCAGUCAAUGGAUGUGUCAAAAUUGUCGCCUCAACUAUUCCUUUUUGGAAGCGUGCUCCAAUUCGAGCUUGUCUUUGGCAGGAAUGAGCAAUCCAUGAACUGUGUUCUUGCUUUCAUGAGCAGGAACUGCCUGUCUUAGCCUCAUGGCUGUCUAGACGGGAGAGGGAAGAGUUUCUGUUUGAUGCUGGAGCAGUGGACUAGAACACUUUCAUCUUGUAAUUAAUGGAUAUAUUAUUAUUAAUAUAUUUUUUUUAAAUUUCAGCUCUUCAAUCUGCAACUACAGUCUGAUUGUACUGGAUAUAAGGAAAAUGCAGUGUAUUAUUGCACACAAACAGAUUCACGCCAUUUCGAAAUCGUUAUCAAUGCUGAAGAUUUGUCACGAUUUAAUGACGCUCAAAUGAGGGCGUACCUAACGGCUUCUGGUGAAAAUAAAAUCUACAGUGUGGUUCAACGUUUUCCACAAUUUUACGGUAAGGAUGUUGGCGGCAUUACAUAAAAGGUAUUAAAUAAUUAUUUUAUAGUAGCUUCCUCGAGAAAUCGUUAAAUUGUUUACAUGCCAGUUGAUAACGAACACUCUAUAAUGUGUGUUCCACUGGAGCGGCUUGCAGCUACACAAUACUCAUUUAUACAAAUUUAUUUCCCCGAAUUUAUUUGAUGCUUUGUCACGUUUUAUACUUUAAAUUUAAUGCAGGAAAUAUAUUUCAAUGACCGCUUUUUGAUAAAACUUCUCGUUGUGUUAUAAAAUUAGUUUCACAAAAACAUACAAAUUUUGAACUUAUGGUAGAGAAACUUUGUGUUUAAAAAACAAGGUUCGGGUGGCAAAUAGCAGAAAAUCCUUUUUAAGAAUGAUAAACAUUGUAGAAUUCUCUUGUGCAAGUUUAAAGAUUUCUGUAUUUAAAAAAACGAAAUUCAAAAAAAUAUAUCAUUACAUGAAGUACAUAAAACAGUAUGUCCUUAAAACUUGUAUUCAAUAUAUAUAUCAGUACAUCCGUUCUUCUUAUCCCCUCUUAUAUUUGAGGACCCACGAUCAAUUUAUUAUCAUUCGGGCUCAGGGUAUGGAUUCAGAAUUUGCCUUCUCUUAGUUGAGUUGCCCUUCAAGGCUAGCGGGUCCAAUUCGUUAACACAAAUAGUUAAAAUGCCAUAUUAAAACAUCAAAAUCAUGUUUUGACUUUCCCAGUUAAUCCAAUUUUAGGCAAAAAAGUCGAACAACGAUUUUGGUACCAAGUUAAUGUUUUAGAAUUCUACAUUUAUGAUUAUGUCAUUAUAUCAGAAAAAAAUAUCCAUGCAAAAAAUUGUCCUUAAUCGACCCCCGCUUCAUUUUUUCACUCAAACCCACAGAUCAGACCAAAGCUAAAGGAAUUUUGAAGAUAAAUGGUCAGAGCGCUUCAAGUGAUUCUGUAUGCAGCCAAGUCAUUAAUGUUACUCAUGUAAUUAUAGAGUUUCAAUGUGUGAGUGCCGCCACUCCGUGUCUCAUAGAGCUAAAGGUUAACGAAAUCGUCGUUAAUCAAAGUAAAGAUCAUGCUGUCUUUAGUCACAACUAUACAAAAGAAGAGGAAUUAAAUGUAGCAAUUAAAUAUGCUGCCUGUAGUCUUGUACAAGAGCAUGACACCAUUCACUGCAAAAUCAAAACAGGUAAAUCAAUUUUACAUUAUUUUCUUGUAAACUAUGUAUUUAAUCAAUACAAAUAUUAUCAUUUUUUGAUGUUGCUAUUAAAACUAACUUUGUUUCAUUUUUUUUCAAACGCCUUGCUAUUAAAAAAAACACACAAGGUAAAAAAAAUAUGAAAAAGAGACAAAUUGAAAAAAGAAAGACGUUUGUAUCUAUUACAUAUACUUUUUUUUCUAUUUUUCAAUAGGUGUGAGAUAUAAAGAAGACACGCUUGUUUUCAAGCUAUCACAACAUAAGUGUGAGACGAAGUGCAGAGAUGAUUUAUAUAUCAAUACCUGUAUAUUUUAUUUCAACCUAAAUUUUUACAAAGCUGUGUCCAACACAUCUUUUCUCUUUGUCGAGUUGCGUGGACCAUCGGAUAACGUAUAUAAACCAGUUAGUCUUAAUUUGAAAACAGUAAAAUUUAACAUUCAAUUUUAUUUUAUUGUCUGCAGUUAGUUUUUUUAAUGUAUAAUUUACACACUUUUUGCAUUUAUUAUCAGACAUCUUUAACACUGUUAAACACUACAAUUCAUACGGAUUGUGGUCUGCUAGACCAUAUGAAUUCAAAACGCAUACAUAUUGCAUGUAAAAAUAUAUAUAUAUUUUUUUUUAAACUUAACCCAAAUUAUCUACCUUAGUUAAUCUUCAUUGUACACACUGUAUCACCAUAUCCUGAUGUAAUUAACUAAAAUAAUAUUAUUUAAAAUUGUAUGUUUUUAAAGAUUUUAAUUUGAUUUUUAUUCUCAAUACGAAAACACUCGUUAAAAAAGUAACACGAGCACUUAAAAUGCUUUAAAUAGAAAACGUAAACGCUAGUUGUGUUCAGAUGCAUUUAUCAGAUAAGUUUACUUUCAGUUAUUCAAUGUUGACCUUCAUUCGGAAUGCGCUCAACAUAAAGAAAAUGCUCAAUAUAGUUGCACUCGGAUUGACAUCAGCAGUUUUGGUAUUACUAUAGCCCCAAGGGAGCUAGAACAGUUCAGAGAGGCUAAAAUAAGAGCAUAUUCAAAACUGAGCCAACAUGACACCAUAUAUUCAGAACCGCUGAAUUUUCCACCAUUUUUUGGUAAGUGAAAAAAUCACCGUUUUUAAGGCUUCUUCCAAAAAUAUAAAUACUAUAUUUAUGGCUCAAAAAUGAAAUCUAUAAUCUUCGUUUUUAUGAAAUAAUUGUUAUGUGCUGUAAUGGAAUAAUUGUUGGCCGUUGGUGCAAAUUUAAAUAAAGAGAUAGGUACUAUUGUGCAAUGUUGACAUUGUUUACGGAUCUACGGAUUAUGCUAAUGCAAGAUUAAACAUACUAUAAAAGGAUGGUUUAAAUAUGUAUUUUGUUUAGUGCAAUUAGUCAGUUUUUGUUUGUUUGUUUGUUUGUUUUUUAUUCUAUGAUUGAAAUGCGUAAAAGUUUUCACCGUUUGUAAUCAUUCUCUCGUUAAUGUUUUUAUGCAUACUAUCGUGUUUAGCAAAGCGGAUUCAAGACUAGAAUUUUGAAAUUACAGUUAUUAUUUGCCCUUGCUUAAUGGUUCUACUCUCUAAAUCUCAAAAACAUUGCCCAGUGACGAAUGAAUAUUUUCCAUUUAAAUAGUUGGCGUACAUACGUCUGAAGAUAUUUUAAACUAAUACAAUCAUUACAAAUUAUUAUGAAUACAUCUUUAAAGAACAGGUCGUUUUUGUGCAUUUUUAGUACUAAGAUUUGGCUUUUCAAUUUUUAUUUACAGAAGAAACUCAUGAAACGGCAAAAUUAAAAGUCAAUGGCCAAGACAUGCCGAGUACAAGCAACAACUGCAAUAUAACAACUAAAGACAACGAUGUUGUCCUCGAGUUUCAUUGCCUCAGCUCUGCCAAGCCAUGUCUGAUAGACAUACAGGUGGAUGAUUACGCUGUAAUCAAACAUCAGGAGAAUUAUGCGGUUUAUAAAGGACAUUAUGCAAGUGGAGUGCAUUUAACUGUGAAUAUCAAGUACGGAGCUUGUGGAUUCAGAGGAGGAUAUAAAAACAUCGUUUGCAAAGUUACAAUAGGUAAAAAAACAAAAACAAUGUUAAUAUAGCCAAGUAAAAAACAAGCCGACACUAAAAAAUACAUGGUAGUCAUAUUAGUCAAUAAAAAUAUGCUUUCUUAAAACUUAAUAUUACCACUCCAUUCAUUAAAAUAUACGUAGUUAUUUAAAAAGAAAAUAAAAGUAUAUAUAUAUAUAUAUAUAUAUAUAUAUAUAUAUAUAUAUAUAUAAAAUAUAUAUUUAUAUAUAUGUAACUUAAGAUAUAUACAUAAAAUACAUGGUAGACAUAUUAGACAAUAAAAAUAUGCUUUCUUAAAACUUAAUAUUACCACUCCAUACAUUAAAAUAUAUAUAUUUAUUUAAAAAGAAAAUAAAAAUAUAUAUAUAUAUAUAUAUAUAUAUAUAUAUAUAUAUAUAUAUAAAAUAUAUGUUUAUAUAUUUGUAACUUAAGUUAAAUACAGCUCUAGGAGAGAUGUUAUUGAUCACAGUCUCUUAAUUUGUGUCUGUGUGUGUGAAGCCAUUUAACAAUUAAGAAUCCGUUCUCUUUUUGUUUAAUUUUAAAGAAAAUAAAAGUAGCUUAAGAUAAUAAUAUAUAAAACAUAUCAAUUCAACAGGAUACAUUUAUAAUAGAGUCAAUUAUAGGUUACUAAUAUCAUAAUAUCUUUAUUCAAUAUACUCUUAACAUGUUUCAAGCACUAUUUUCUUCAUACAUUUUAUUGAUAUCUAAUAAAAAAAAUUAUAAAAAUAUACAUUUUAUUAAGCAAAACCUUUUUAUUAAUUUCAGCCACAGCAAUAGGUAAUAGUUUUGCCUCUGAACAACCAGAAUGGUUAAUACCUGUUAUAGCUUCAGUGGUAUCAGCUGUCAUCAUAAUCAUUGUAGCUGGCAUUGUAUUGUUUUGCUGUUAUAUCAAAGGUUAGUAUUUAUUUGAUCUAGAUAUAAAACGAAUCUUACAAAGUGUCGGUCUGUUCACAUUAAAUUAGCUUUUCGCUUUUCAUUGUAUUUGUAUUGUGCUUAAUUCGUUUUGUUUCUUCUUUUCCUUGCCCUUUUUUUUUUGUUGCUAUAGUUUGUCAGGAUUUUCAAAAGUCCCUGAGAACCUGUGAAUGUGACAUAGAUUUAGGGUGAUUUUUCAGAUGACUGAAGUUUUAUUAAACCAUCGAAUAAAGAGUCAGCUUAAGUGACUUUGAUACACUAAACUGCAGAGUUUCACUUCACAAUGUCCCAAAGUACACCCUAAAGUAUGCUAGAUAUAGUACAAAAUGACGCAUGACUUUUAAGAUGGUGUUUUAAUUUUAUUUUUAUUUUUACCACAUGUAGGAUUUAGAAUGUGCUCUGAAGAUGCCUCUGCAAGCCUAAAUCAAAACGAAGUACUUACGCAAAGUAUGGUGUUGUUGGCAGGUACAACUCGUGAUGACACAAUUGCCUAAAUCUCCAUUUUGUAAAAAAUAUUAACAUUUUUCACAAUUUGUAUGAUAUAAUUUAUGCAAUUUUUUAUCAAUGAAUUUUUUUUUUCUUUUUAUUGCUUAUUUUAUGUUUGUCAUGGUGUUCAUUUUUUAUUUUUAUUUAAAGUUCUUUGCCCUGCCAGACCCUUUUAUGUUACAUAUUGAAUUAAAUGAAUCAAUUAACAAUGAUUUAAAACGAUAGGUGCUCCUAAAGUGUAUUAUUACAUAUAUUGCCCAUCAUAUGGUACCAUAAUUAUCAUAUCAAUCAAAUGCCCACUUACAAAUCAUCCUUCAAUUCUCGUCAUAUCAAUUCUCAAAUUUUUAUUUUUUAAAAACUAUUCAUGAAUUAUUCUUAACUUCUUUUAACGUAAUAGUGUGUACUCCAGGACAAUUUAGGGCGAACAUUUUGUGUUUUUUUAAUUAAUAUUUUUAACUAACUUCUAUUUUUAUCAGUUACAAAGAUGAGCACUUCCUGUUCUAAACAUUGAGC